GAAUCCAAAGAAGAUGAAAUUGAGAAUGUUCGCGUUGUUGUUAGAGUCAGACCACAGGAGAAUAAUAAUGUGAAAAAUAUUGUUACAGUUGAAAAAAAUAAUAAAUUAAUUAUCGUCCAAAAACCAAACUCGACGAAUAAUGAACCAGCCAAAACUUAUGGAUUCGAUAAUGUUUUUGAUCAAUUUUCAGCACAGAUUGAUUUAUAUGUAAAUACGGCACGUCCGAUCGUUGAUAAAGUGCUUGAAGGUUACAAUGGAACUAUAUUGGCAUAUGGUCAAACUGGAACGGGUAAGACAUAUACAAUGGUUGGAGACUCAGAUUGCCCUGAAUCGAGAGGAAUCAUACCGAAUAGUUUUGCUCAUAUUUUUGGGCAUAUUGCAAAAGCUAAAGAGAAUGAAAAAUUCUUAGUUCGAGUGAGUUAUAUGGAAAUAUAUAAUGAAGAGGUUCGUGACCUGCUCGGAAAAGAAAUUAAUAAAAGCUUAGAAGUCAAGGAGAGAUCCGAUAUUGGUGUUUUCGUUAAAGAUCUCUCAGGAUAUGUUGUCCAUAAUGCUGAUGAUUUAGAUAACAUCAUGAAAUUGGGAAAUAAAAAUCGCGCAGUUGGAUCAACUUUGGUUAAUAGCGUUUCUUCACGAUCUCAUGCGAUUUUUUCGAUUACUAUUGAGUCAAGUACUACUGACGAAGCUGGUAAUCAACAAGUCAAGAUGGGUAAACUCCAACUAGUUGAUCUCGCUGGAAGUGAAAGACAGCAAAAAACUCAGGCUAGUGGCAUACGACUAAAGGAAGCAACUAAAAUUAAUUUGUCGCUGUCUGUCUUGGGAAAUGUUAUUAGUGCAUUAGUUGAUGGAAAAAGUUCUCAUAUUCCAUAUCGCAACUCUAAACUUACUCGAUUGCUUCAAGAUUCUCUUGGCGGCAAUGCUAAAACUUUAAUGUUUGCUACAAUUUCACCAUCAGACACGAAUUAUGUGGAAACAAUUUCUACACUUCGCUAUGCUGGCCGUGCUAAAAGUAUUCAGAAUCAUACUCACAUUAAUUCAGAUCCAAAAGAUGCUCUUUUAAAACAUUUCCAACAAGAAAUCGAGGAACUUAAACGUCAAUUAGAAGAAGGAAUUUUCGAUGCAAAUUUGGUUGAAGUUGACGGCGAUGAGAAUGUCGAGGACGUUGAAGAGGAUGAAAAUUCUGAUAUUGAAAUCGAAGAAAAUGAAAAGGAAAAAAGCACUAAGAAACGAAAAUCAAAAGCUAAAAAAGAUGAAAUGCAGAAAGAAAAGUCUGACGCAGAGAAAGAAUUGCUUGAGAAAAAAGUUCAGGAACAUGAAAAUGCUCUCAAAGUUGCACAAACCGAACAGGACAUGAUAAGGGCUAAAUUGCAAUCUCUUGAAAAUAAAAUUCUUAUUGGAGGUGAAAAUUUGCUAGAGAAAGCAUAUCAACAGGAACAACUGUUGGAAAAAUCAGUUGCUGAACUUGAGGAAACCAAUAAAAAAGAGCAAGAACUGCAACAAACAUUACAGAAAAUUGAAGCUGAACGAAUUGACAUUGAAGAAAGAUAUUCUUCAUUGCAAGAAGAAUGUACUGGAAAGACAAAAAAAUUACAGAAGGUAAUGCAAAUGCUUAUGGGCUUAAAAUCAGAACUUGCUGAUCAGCAGCAAGAACAGCAAAGAGAAAAGGAAGGUAUAUACGAAAAUAUUCGUAGUUUGUCACGAGAAUUGGCAUUAUGUGAACUUGUCAUAAAUAACUAUAUACCAAAGGAAUAUCAAACUUUAAUCGAUAAAUUUACAUAUUGGAACGAAGAAAUUGGUGAAUGGCAAUUGAAAUGUGUAGCUUACACCGGUAAUAAUAUGCGCAAAAAUAUAAAUGAGCAGCAAAAGCAUUCCAAAGAAGAUAAAGAUUAUAUUGAUUUGAGUCAUGUAUAUUUAAGCUACAACAUUGAUGGUUUAACAGAACCAAUUGCUUCGCGCAUAAAGACAUCGCGACCAAAAACAUCCCACUCAGGCGUUCCGCGCUAUUAUCAAAGAGCAAAUUAA